AUGGAAUGCUACGGUGCUCCUCAGUACGUACUACAGGGUCUUCCUUAUGCCAGCAUCAGAACCUACAGCCCUGUCAUCGCUUAUGCCCACACCAACAGUCCAGAAGUCCUCAGGAUUCCAAAACAAGACAUCACUUUCAAUGUCCCAAACCGCUUCCAGUACGGUCCUGCCAUUCAACUCGCUGCCCCAGUCCAGUAUGCUGCCCCAGUCCCCACGUCCAGUCAGUUCUCGGUAGCUAACCAAGUGCAAAAUGCUGUCUCAGUCCCCAUUUCCAGUCAGUUCUCGGUGGCUACCCCAAUACAAAAUGCUAUCCCAGUUCCCACUUCCAAUCUGUUCUCGGUGGCUUCCCCAGUCCAGUUUGCUGCCUCGGCUCAUGCAGCCUCCCCAGUGGUAGUUGCAGCUGACCCUGAGCACGUGCUCGCUCCUGAACCCCCCUUGCCCUCAGUGAGUGAGCCUUUCGUGGGAGGGCAGUUUCACGCCCAGGAUGAGGCAGGACAGUAUUCCUUUGGUCACUGGGGAGGUCCCAAUACCCGAGUGGAAACACGGGACGUUUUGGGACGCACCUCCGGUAGCUUCGCCUACAUCAAUCCCUCCGGAGACGUCGAAGUAAGGAAAUACGGUGCCUCGCCUGCCACUGGAUUUAAAGCAGCGGCUUCCGACUUGCCAGUGGACACGCCCGAGGUGGCCCACAUCAAGGACGCCCUUGCCCGACUGGCACGUACCCCGUCCUUGACCCUUGUUUAA